AAAAAAUGUUUUGAUCAGCUGCAUAGUGCUUGACGAGACUGUUGCAUUACACAGUUACUUGUGAAUUCAGGAUAAUCAUUUUGCUAUCCCAGUGGGAGCAUGGCAAGAUUGAGAAUAGAGGUAGGGGAGCACUAACCCAAAAGUGUUGGGUCGAACAGCUCUGUUCUGUGGAGUGACUAUUUUUUGGCUUAGAGCCUCUUGACGCUCCUGCCUCUUUACUCUUGACCCCCAGCCGCCUCCAGCCGCUUCUUCCCAGCCGCCUGACUUCAAUUUGGCACGUUAAGCGUUAACCUGUAACCCGGCUGCCUACGCGUGAAUAAAUUUAAACUUCACUUUCACUCCCACACACUUCCUCCUUUUCUUCUUCAACCUCUUUCCAACAACUUUGUGAAUACCUCUCUUUCAACCUUUUUGAUCUUACACUUCACUUCUAUCAUAAACCUUUUCGGUCACUGAAUCUUCGAAUAAACCUACUCCGACAAACUGAGUUCACUUCGGCGUUUUCAGCUUCUCAUCAUACAACCCUCGAGCUUGGUCCUCAACUUGUCUUCUCAACUCUUUCGGACAUCAUCAAAUUUGGUUUCCGACUCAAAUUCACUUCCCGAAAACACCAACACCCAUCUCACAUACCUCGCCUUCUCUUGCGUGUUAUCCAAGACUUUCUACCAAGAUACCCAUUCUCUCCUCGAGUUUGAUUCCAUCCAGUGUUAUUUAACCCUGGCAAUGAAUCACAUUUGCAUCUUCCUUAUUUGAUCGUGAGAUAUACCCUACUGAGCCACGAUGUUCUCUACUCAUGCAGAUAGAUCCAAAAUGGGUCGCCAAUCUGACAGAGCCUCGUCUAUGGCUCGAAAUGCUGGUCCACCCCGACAGCUCCACUCGACUCCGCAGACAAAGCCGAAGCCUGGGCAACAGAUAUGCAAGAAUUAUAUAUUGGGUCGUCCAUGCCACAAAAGCCCUAACUGCAGAUACUUUCACGAUGACGAAGCUCGUAUUAAUUGGGAAAAUUUGAAGCAAGACGAGAAGAAAGUUGGCAGUGAAGCACACAAGGCAUUGAUGAUGUCCGACACAGCAAAGCUAACAUCAUCCAGCCUUGCUGUUCCUUCUAAAGCUGGAACUGCCCCCCCAAAGCAAAUUCUCACGAAGUCAACAGUAUCACAAACUGCCUCAACUUCCGAUACCUCGCCAAGCGUGCCUUCCACUGCCACUACUCCCCCCACCGACUACGUGCAUCCGCAUUUGCGCAAGAGCUCCAACGGCAGUUCAAACGCGAGUCAAUCGUCGAGCAUCGAUUCUGCUGUGGGAAAGCUGAGCUUUAAUGAGUGGAAUCAGUACCGUGCAGUGUUUGCUGCGUCUUUUAUCCCACGACUCGCCGAGAGCACCACCAUGGUCGGCCAAGACCACCUGGACGGAGUUCUCAAAUACAAAACUGACAUGCUCACUUCCAGCACUGGGACUGUUCCACUUCGUGAGCAAAAUGUCAAAUUGCUCGCCGCAGCCAAAGAGAACGCGCCGGCCUUUAUCAGCAGGUUGCCUGUCCAUGUUACAAAGAAUAUUGACCGCAUUGCGGGUGGCAUUGCAGCUACUGCUGGAUUUUUGCCUUUCGAAGCUGGUGCGGGCGUAAAGCCUGAGGGAAUUACCGAUGAAAUGUGGGCGUUUAUGGGAGAGAGAGACAUCAAGAACUUAUCCAUUUCAACCAACUCUAGCAAAAGAUCUAGAACUUCACGGAAGUCAAUCAAUAUCACCGCAAAAGUCAUGGGUUUUAUCCAUCGCCGUGUUAAUACGGCUGACACUCCUACACCACUCGGUAUCGGUCAUCCGGCAUACGACAGCGGCUCUGAGAAGCCACGGGUUUGCCUGCCAUUUGGAAAUCGUCAAACUAGUCCAAUGAAGCCUGGAUCUCCCUUGGGCCAAGGCCAACCUGCCUUUGGCCUUGGUAUUAUUCACGAGGCUCCUUUGAGCAACCUUCCCAAUGCCUCCAGAAAUAAUCCGGCUGUCCUGAAAUAUCAAAGCCCGCAGGCAGCUGCCGUUCGCGACAAUUCGGCUCACAUCAAUGCUUGGCUGAAUGCGGCAAAAUUCAUUGCGGCCGACGACAAGGCUAUUGAGGAGGAGAACAUCAUCAGAGCAAAGGAGGCAUCUUCUCAAAGCAGAGUUGAAUUUGUCGCCAAGUUUGUGCCUCGACAAGCCACAGUAACGAGCAGUUCAUAUGGGGAAGCAGUUUCAGGCGUCAGGCUCUUGAGCCGCCCAGCCUUCCCAGUUGUAUCGAAUGCAGUGGCAGCGACCAAGCCAUCGAAUGGGCUAAUAGAAGCUGCUCAUACACCGGCUGGUGCGAAGACAGGCAUAAGCUCAGAAAAUUCUUGGAAUAGCGUUCUCCAGAAUAGCAACUCUCGCCACCAGGUUCCAAAGGAGUCUGUUAGCUAUGGACGGACAAUAAUGGCCAAAGCUGGCUCCAUGAAAGCCGAGUUAUGCAUAAACUAUAUCCGCGGAUUUCCAUGUUACUAUGGCAAUGAAUGCGAUAGGUACCAUGAUAAUGAGCUUCGCAACACUGCUAUGAUGCAACCUUGCAUGGAAUAUAACAGUGGUCAGCUCUGUCACAAUCGGAAAUUUUGCACGCUCUAUCAUGACGUGGUCAUUCAUAACAAGAAUAGAAAGGAGAUGACGGUGGCCCAAAAGGCUACCGAGGUGAUUUAUGGCUCGUCCAUGGCGCCUGCGAAUGCACCAAGAUGCCUCGAGUUUGCUCUGGGCCACGAAUGUCCUCGAAUGCCUACCUGCACACUUUACCACGAUACAGUUUUCCGCAACGCCACCAGAUUCGCGAACGACAUUUGCUUCAACUUUCUUCUGGGAUUGCCUUGCCACGCUGAGACGUGCAAGUAUCGACAUGAUAUCGACCUUCGAGACACAUUGAAUGGGGUUCGAUCGUACCGAUCGAUGCCAUUCAUGGACGGUGCUUGCUCGAACAAGACCGAGACUUCCAGCAAUGAAAACCAUAAACAUACACAGGAACGUCCCAACGUGCUGGAUCCAAUCACCACCGCCAUUCCCGUUGCCAUUAGAACCACUGCACCGCUGUGCCUCAACUAUCUAUUUGGCACGCGCUGCAAUGCUGGACCCAAUAAUUGCAAAUUCAAGCACGAAGAAGGUCUUCGUGCGCAGGUGAUGAAGAACAGCUGCAGAAACUUUGUUUUGGGGUUCAUUUGCACGGCGGAUGGAGGGUGUAGAUUCAACCAUGAUGUCAAGCUUCGCGAUACGUUGAGAGAGUAUAAGCUUCGCCAAGUUUCCGCACAGGAUAUCUACAAGGUCGAUGCUAAGGGUCAUCUCUCUCAAGAAAUCCAGAAAUGUACUCAGGAAACCAAGAAACUAAGCAACUUGGCUGAGAAGAAGGUUGUGGUUAGAAAUGCAUCCAUUAAACCACCCUCGCCAGCAAAAUCCGAAGGUGCAGCUGCUUGGGGGAACUUUGCGGCGCAUAUUGCAACUGGAGAUGCAGAAGUUGCCACACGCGCACGUACGAACAGUUCGGGAGGAUCUCAGACUAGCCUUGUUACGGUUUUCAGAGACAGGACUGAUAAAGCUGUUGGCAAAGCACCGAAGGCCAAAAAAUCCGGGAACAUAUCCGUGGUACCAGGAAAGAAAUCCACGUCACGAGUCGUUUCAAUCACCAGCCGCGAAGCCUCAAAUACGAAGCCCAUUGCCGCAAAGGAGGUGAUUGAAUCAGGCAGUAGCAAUAUUUCGCAGCCCGUUGUCAACAACACUCGGUGCAAUACGAAGCUCACGAGAUACUGCCCCCGAUUCCACGGCGGGAGAUACCACUGUGAGAAUGGAGAUAAAUGUGACUUUGUCCACGAUCCGAAGUUGCAACAGAUCUACAAAUCUAAGGAUCCAAGAUUUCAAAAUACGAAGCCACCAAGACACGGUGCCAAGACCAGCCAGUAUGACUGCGGGGCUUGGAGCUUAACGAUAGUUCCAAUGGCACCUCCAACGAAGGCCAAGGGGCAAUUUGUUCGGUUUCCUCUUCUACCCGCAGAAAUUCGUCUGAAGAUAUGGGGCUUUUGUCUCGCCCUUCCAUAUUCUCCGAUUGUACACCAGCACUUCAAGAAUGUGCGCAGUACAAAGCCUACGGCAAAAUAUGUCUGCUUCACUCGACAUCCUCCUCUCCUCGAUACUUGUAAUGAAUCACGAGUUGAGGCAUUGAAAUACUUUUCACUCGGACUUGGGACUGUUACAUCUCCACCGCGAACUUAUAUCAAUUACGAGGCAUCAUCUGUUUACCUCUGCACUCGCCGCUCGGGCUAUUUUGUCCCUAUGAUGCAAUCCCUCCUUCCUGUCGAUUUCGCCAACAUUCAGUCCUUGACUCUCAAACUACGAGAUUGGCUCAUCAACGACGACUGCGUUUUUCGAGACGCCAUCUGGAAAUUUACGAAUUUGCGGAGGCUGAUGAUGCUCAUUAGCACUAGAGAUGAGGAUGAAGAGUUUCGCACUCCUGUAGCCAAAGAUGUUCUCAUGUCUGCUUUGGCAUGGCAAGCUGAUGAGUUGAACCCUGGGUUUAGGAUACCAAAUAUCUAUAUUAUGGUUCUCGAUGGCCUGGAGAUCGACUCAGAUCCUGAAGAGUACGCUCCGGCCUCUACCAGAGGCGAACGAAUUGCAGACCACUUUCAUGAGCUUCAGAUCCAGGCGCUAUUUUCCAGCGCGGUCUAAUGGCCAAAAGGGCGACAUUGAUGUUGUAUGCAAUGCUACUUUCAAGAAUUGUUUUAUACUUGGUUUCUUUUUUGCGCGGAUAUGAGGUGUGCCGAAGGGAUUGGAAGAUCUCACACCUGGAUGCUAUGGAACUUUGUGGCAGAGUUUAUGGGUGGUGCAUUAUGGAUGGCUGGAGAAAUUUCAUUUCAAAAGUUUCUUGUUUUUGCGAAGAGCUGUUGUUUAUGAGAGACGGGGUCUGGAUUCUGCGUGGUGAGACUUAGAUUAGCCAAUCCUAUGAAUCUGACAAAACUU